AUGGGCUAUAGCAAGUUCAACUCCCUCCUGCCGGUCACGCCGCUUGGUGCGUACGAAGUCGUCAUCCUUAUCGGCGUGACUUACUUGGCCAUGAAAACAAAACAAAGACUAUGGUUCUACGUCAUAACCCACAUUCCCUCUUUUUGUCGGCGCAAUCCUAUGGCAACGACCGAAAAGACUCCUGCGCUGAUUGGCUACUAUCUGAGCGGAGGCAUCCCCAAAAUAACAGUCACCUGCAUCGGAACCAUCGCGUAUACCGUCAGAAACAUCAUCUCUCCUCAAACCUUUCAAGCGAAGGACGCCCCACGAUACGUGCCCGCGAAAGUCUCAAUUGUGAUUCUCUAUUUCUUGAUCACAGCUGACUUGUACCUUAUUCGAAUCGUGUAUGUUCGACGUAACAAGAAGCGUGACGAGUAA